CAAGAAUCACCAUGUCCGACUACCAAUCCAUCGCCGCCCGCAAACAACAGCACCUGGACUCGCUCAUCCCCCCCGAAUGGCGUCUGGACGCCUCGCAGAUCCCUGCGGGGAUGCUCUCCCGCGCUGACUCCAUCACGCAGACCUCCUCCUACGAGAGCAUCAAUGUCACCGCCAUCCCCCGAACCUGUGGCCUUCUCACGCCCCCCGAACUCCACAUCACCGAAGACUACAACAUCCGCGCCCUCCUCGCUGAAAUUCACUCCCAACGUCUCACCGCGGAGGAAGUCACUCGCGCUUUCUGCAAGCGCGCCGCCAUUGCCCACCAACUCACCCGUUGUCUCACCGAACCGCUCUUCACACAAGCGCUCGACCGCGCCCGCACCCUCGACACCCACCUCCAAUCCACCUCCCGCCCCAUCGGUCCCCUCCACGGCCUCCCCAUCUCCAUCAAAGACACCUUCCACAUCACCAACGUCGACGCCACCAAUGGCCUCACCGCCCUGGCCUUCCACCCGGCCACGCGCGAUGCCGCCCUCGUGACCCUCCUCCAAUCCCUCGGCGCCAUCAUCAUCACCAAAACCAACGUCCCCCAAACAGUCGGCACUCUCGACACCUGCAACCACCUCGUCGGCCGCACCCUCAACCCCCUCAACCGCCGUCUCACCGUCGGCGGCAGCACCGGCGGCGAAGCCGCCCUCCUGGCCCUCUGCGGCUCUAUGAUCGGCUUCGGCACCGAUAUCGGUGGCAGCGUGCGCAUUCCCCCAAUGUGUACGGGCUUGUAUGGCUUCAAGCCCAGUCAAGGUCGUCUGCCGUACGGCGGACAGCAGGACGCGGGACAUAUCCCCGCCAAAGGACGGAUCGGGCUACAACCCGUGGCCGGGCCAUUGGCGCGGUCAGUGGAGGAUAUAGGAUUCGUGAUGGGGGAGAUCGUUCCCCGAGCGGAGCUGUUCGGGGAAGAUUGUAUCCCAGGGACUUGGGGACCAACAUCACCCUUAUCAAACCCCUCGAAACCGAAAUUGAGAGUCGGGGUCCUCCGCUCAGAUGGAAUCGUGGAACCUCUUCCCCCCAUCGCGAAGGUAUUGGACGAAGUCGCGCGAAUCCUGCGCCGCACGCCGGGCGUAGAAGUCGUGGAGGUUCCCGUUCCUCCAGCCCUGAGCAAAUGCCAGGGUCUUGCGAACAAAUUGAUGGGGAUUGACGGCGGCGGGCUCAUGAUGGAUUUGCUUGAGAAAACGGGCGAGCCGCUUACACCCUGGUUGAAGGGCCGGAUCGGACGGAGAAAGGAGAUCACGGUGUCCGAGCUGGGCCAGCUGCAAAUGCAGCGGGCGCAGCUGGAGAGGGCGAUGAUGCGCAUGUGGACGCUAAAUGCAGCCGAUGAGACGCGACGGAUCGAUGCGAUCAUCCAUCCCGUGGCACCACAUCCGGUCCCUGAAAUGGACCGCUACAAUGCCAUCGGGUAUACCUCGUCGUGGGUGCUGUUGGAUUAUCCGGCGGGGGUGGUGCCCGUGCGGACGUUCCGGGAGGAUGAUCUCGAGCUGGGGCGGGAGAUGACCAUCCCUGUGGGAGGGCGCUGGGAUGAGGCGAAUCGGAAGCUGUGGACCGAGACCACCGUCGACCGACGGGUGUAUCUGGAUUCGCCGCUGAGCGUGCAGGUCAUCACGCCCAAGCAGCAUGAUUAUGACCUCUACCGGGCGAUGCAGAUCAUCGACCAGGCGAUUCGAUCCGAGUCCACUAAGGGAACAGAAACGGCCAAGCUAUAGCCCCCCUUCUUCUCCCCAGGGAUCUCUUAUGUACAUACAUGACUAUAGAUUUGUAUCUUCACGGAAUA